AUGGAGUGCUACGAUGAUCAAGUCUCGAAGAUGUCAGUCCUGGCAAAAUUUUUGCGAGAGAGGCAUUCCAAGGAGCGGCUGCUGGCCAAGUGCUUUAGUCAGGGUGUUCCGGGCGAGGCUGUUUUCAAGGAAGCCGUGGCAAAGUUCCGGUCUCAAUGCUAUCGUGGUCGCUGGGGCACGGUUGCUUCAUGCGCUUUGGAUCUGCAGGAAGUGUUGCCCUCGUUGAGGUGGGGUUGGAGCUUGCCAAAGUAUCUGGACGGAGGUGCCGUCGCCGGUCAAGGCGAAGCAGAAGGUGUAUCCAUUGCAGAUGUCGAUGCACUCGUGCGAUGCCCCUUCUUUGAGGCAUACCUGUCCACGCUGGUGCUCUCAUCAAAAGUAACGUUGCAUCUGAUUGCAUGGUCAGAAAGCUGCCCGUGCCACUGGCAUCUUCUCACAGGUGGUGGUUCAAACACACUGGAUGCUUCGACUAGGUGUCUCCUGGAAACAUGCCCGAUGCGGGGCCGUCGUGCCCCGGAGUUGGCGUUGAAUGACUUCAUGCAAGAGCUUUCUGCUUUGUCAUCACAUGGGGCUACAUCAUUGGUUCAAAGUUUUCCCCCGGAUCUUCCAGCAGAGGAACGAACCACGGUUGUGCAAGACUUCGAGAUGGGUCGGUCGUUCCUGACGGCUGUGCUUACCUUAAAAACCUCGCAUUUCCGAAGCUUUCCAUGGUGUGCUGCAGGCCUCGCUCACAAUGAUCAGGAGCGUGCUCGUGAGGUCUGGAAUCGUAUCCGGUGUCUUUCUGAGGAGGGGCCUGAGGCUGUCCGGCUUCGCAAGCACUUGCCCCGCUUGUUCUCGCCAGACGUCUUGCAGCAGGGUGACCAAUGGUGUUGCGGGGCAGAUUUGACUUCGUGCCCAUUGUUUGCAGCUGAGGUCGCAGGCUUGGCAUUAAUCCCCACUGCAGAGCGACGUGUGGAAUCCCAGCAUGCCCGCGCACAGAAGGGCUCCAAGAAGAGCCCAUGCCACAGCCCAGCAUACAUGUCUUUGCAGAUCCGAGCCAAAGACCUGCGAGAGGCGAUGUGCGGAAACCCCAAGGAUUUCGUUGCACAGCUUGCGCCGUGUGUGAAUCAGUGCCGAAGCUACAAGAAGGCGGUGCCUGCCAUGAGGCUGGGGCUGCAUCCAGCAGCAGCAAAGGGGUCUUCUGCGGUCCGUGACAGGCGUGUUCGAGAUCUGUUAUAUCGCGCCGACAUGUUGCGUCAGCAUCAGAAUAUGCCAGAAGUGUUUGUGCGUGACCCAGGCACAAAUUCGGCUCGGCGGCCAGCGCCCCCAACAGCAGAGGAGCAUGCAGUUGAGGCCACAGCACUGGGUCCGAUUCUCAAGCGACUUGCUUUGGAACAUGUGCUUGAUCGUUUGCCUGUUGUUCGGAACUCAGGAGAACCUGUGGUGUUUGCUGUUGCCUAUGAGUCCGGAGCUUUCUCCUUGCUUCGUGAGUUCUUGCUGCCCUCGCAGCAGCAGCCGAUGCCCAUGUUGACAUACUCGUCGCCUGAGGUGGUUGCAUCCGAGGACAUAGUUGAGAUAUCCGGCCCUGGCCCUCGCAGAGAAAUAGAUGUUCUCUUUCAGAAAAUCAGCCAAGCAGAAGCAACACAUCAUCAGAUGACAGGCGUAUUUUUCAAGUUGGUGCCAUCCAUGUCGAAGAUGAAACGCUUCCAAGCUGACGGUGAGCUGCGACUGAGCAGCACGGACCUCCCGAUCGCAUUGCUUCGGGCGGCUUCCUUCAACCAGGAGCGCAGAGAGCUGAUCGUUGACUCGGAGCUGCUUAACAUGAGGUCUGCAGCCCGAGGCCUCGCUGUGGACGACAUUCCUUGUGUGCUUUCAUUUAGCAGCUUGUCCUUGUCGCAGCUGAAGUCCUUGAGAGUGUUGAAAGUUGACCCCAACAUUGUGAAUUGUUUGCGGGCUUGCCAAGACUACUCGCCUCCCCUGUCAGAUUCGCGGGCCUUACGAGUCGUGCUUGAGAAGAUUUUGUUGGAAGGCAAGGCAGGCGUGACGGACACAUCGUCUUUCACGACUGAGCAACGAUCACUCCUGUUGCCCUUGCAGCAAAACGGUCUGCUGACUGAGGACCCACCAUUCAAACUCACAGACAAAGGUUUGCGACACGUUUGUUUGGCCAAUGCCGUGACCCAGCCACGUCUUCUGCUUGCGAAGUUGCCUGUUCCACCGGUGGAGCAGUCGAAGUGGCAGCUGUUGCAAACACUGUUGGACAACGGCUGGGAAGCACGUGCUUGCCGUGCCAGCCAGUGCCGAAAAGCUGAGUCCUUUGAUCACCGGGCGGCUGCGCCUGAUAGCAAGAUCUUGUUCCUUGUGCAGCAAAAAUCCGGUGUCGUGGUUGAUCGCUUGUACCUGCUCGCUUUGACGUUGGAUGCCCAGGAUGGUCCCGACGGUUCCGAUGAUGCCGGUGAUGUCGAUGAGUUGCUUCGCAUGAUAGACGAGAUCGAU